AAUAUUACAGCUGCACAUAAUAGGUUAAAUUUUUUAUUAAAAACUAGUGAAUUAGUGAAUACAUGACGAAAUUAAUCUAUUUUGUGAUUUAGUCAUGAAUCAUGACUGUCAUAGUGAAAGUAUGAAUUAGUACCCCAAUAUAUUCUGAAUUUUUGUGUGAUAAUAGUAUCAAAGGUAGUAUCAAACUAUUAAAUAGAUAGUACUAUCUUAAACCUAAAAACAUCAACAACUUGAAGUCACAAAAUGAAAAUAUGAAAAUUUUCUGAAUAAAAACUUUAGUAAUCUUUUCUUUACGUUUUUCAUUUCAAUUUUGGUUAAUUUUAUUCUUGAAUGUGUAGUUGACAAUGGCAGUUUUCAAAACAUCAUCAAAUAUAUUGACAAAAGAAUGUAUAAGAACACAAAUUUGUGGUGAAGGUGAGUGGCCAAAAAACACAGUAAUAUACCAGCCUUAUGAAACAGAACAAAUUCUUUUACCUGACAAUUCAAAAUGUUUAUCGGUUAAAACAUUUUUAAAAAUGGCUGGUUUAGAAUUCAUUGUAGAAGCUAGAGAAAAUGCUGAAUUUAUGUCACCACAUCGAGGUAAAGUGCCUUUCAUUAAAGCAGGCCAGUUUUUAGUUGCUGACUUUGAACCAAUUGUCAGUUUUGCUCAAUCUAAAGGUUAUUCGCUAUCGGCAAGUUUAGAUGAAGCUCAAAAGUGGGAUCUUAGAGUAUACAUGGCACUAGUGAAUAAUGUUCUUUUAAAUGCUGAGAUUUAUGUUACAUGGAACCAUGAGCUUACUUAUAAAGAACUCACCAAACCAAGAUACAGUUCCGUUUAUCCUUUCCCAUUGAACCACUGGGCUACAUAUACUAAGCGCCGUGAAAUGUUAGCACAUUUAGAUGUGUUAGGUUGGAAAAAAAAAUCUUUGGACGAAGUAUUUAAAGAGGUGGAAAAAAUCUGCGAGUCAUUAUCAAAUUUUUUAGGAGACAAGAAAUAUUUUUUUAAUGAAAAGCCAACUGAGUUAGAUGCUUUAGUUUUUGGUCAUUUGUUUUCCAUCAUAACAACACCACUACUAAAUAAUCGAUUUGCUGCUACUGUCAGAGCUUAUGACAAUCUAGUUCAAUUAUGUGUACGCAUUGAAACAGAAUUUUAUCAGUCUAGAAUUCUAUGAUAUAAAAUAAUUGUUCAUUUGAUUUUGAUGGAUUCUAGUUAGUAUUUACUAUUAUGUAUUAUUUAACUAUACCGAAAUGGGCAAAAUGAAAUAAAAUACUAACUAAUCUGUUAGA